AUGAGCCGCAACGGCGGCGAGGCGCUAGGGAAGCUCCUGAGGGCGCAGGCCUUCCGCUUGCCCGGCCGCCACGGUUACGCAGUCGAGUUUUCGCCGUACCUGCCGGGGCGUUUGGCCUGCGCUACCUCGCAGUACUACGGGAUUGCAGGUUGUGGAACUCUAGUAGUGUUGGAACAAAAUGAAGCUGGACUUCAUCUUUUCAGGAGUUUUGACUGGAAUGAUGGUCUAUUUGAUGUGACGUGGAGUGAAAAGAAUGAACACGUGCUGGUCACCUCUAGUGGAGAUGGAUCUUUACAAAUCUGGGAUACAGAAAAACCUGCAGGUCCUUUGCAGGUCUAUAAAGAACACACUCAAGAGGUCUAUAGUGUUGACUGGAGUCAGACCAGAGGAGAUCAGUUAAUAGUAUCUGGAUCAUGGGAUCAAACAGCAAAAUUGUGGGAUCCUGAAGUGGGACGGCCAUUGUGCACAUUCAAAGGCCACGAAGGUGUCAUUUAUAGCACCAUAUGGUCUCCACAUGUCCCCGGCUGCUUUGCCUCUACCUCAGGUGACCAAACUCUAAGAAUUUGGGAUGCGAAAUCACCAGGAUUCCCAGUGAUAAUUCCUGCUCACCAAGCUGAGAUUUUAAGUUGUGAUUGGUGCAAAUAUGAUCAGAACUUGCUUGUAACAGGUGCUGUUGACUGCAGUUUGAAAGGCUGGGAUCUGAGAAAUAUCCGGCAACCCAUAUUCAGUCUGCUUGGGCAUACAUAUGCAAUAAGAAGAGUGAAAUUUUCACCGUUUCAUCCCACUAUAUUGGUUUCUUGUUCCUAUGAUUUCACUGUGAGAUUUUGGGAUUUCUCCAAGCCUGACCCUCUGCUUGAAACUGUGGAGCAUCAUACGGAGUUUACUUGUGGCCUAGAUUUAAGUUUGCAUGAUUCGGGUCAGGUGGCUGACUGCGCUUGGGAUGAAACUGUGAAGGUCUAUUAUCCAUCUUCGUUGGUAGUUCCUGCAUAGAAAGAUUUCUCAGUUGCAAAGAACUGAUUUAGAAGAAAUUGUUUUUAUUUUUCUUGGGCAUCUGCCAUAUUAUGCCUUACUAACAAUAUUAGAUUUUAAUAUGAGCUUCAAAGUUUCAAACAUGUGAUUAAGGACAGAUUCAUAUAACAUCUUGCACUGAACCUGGACCGAAUGAGCAAAAUGAUUACACGCUAUGUACAGAAUAUACAACAAUUAUGUAAAUUAUGAACAGGCAACCUAGUAACUUCCAAAUGUUUUGGUCUCUCGCUUUUAACAGUCCAAAUAGCAUGAUCAUUGUCAAGAGUAGAAAUUGUAUUCCAAGACAUCUGGAAUUUUUACAACAGCAUUUACAACAGUAUUCCUAUUGUAAAUAUUAGAUACAGUGUAGAAACUGUGUCUUAUAUCUAGAAGAAUUAAAAUACAAAUUUUAUUGCAGUUUAAGUAUUCUCAUUGUUGAGAUGUAGAAUUUAUCAUAAAACAGUGUAGCAGCAUUGAACUGAGUUCAUUAUGGAAUUUCUCUGCAAUAAUGUAUUAUAAUAUGGCACAUAGUUACACAAUUGAUGGUUAUAUAAUCUGAGUUUUAUCUUCGUUUUUGCUUGCAAGACAAAUUCUAUAAUCGCCUUCUUGAACAAAUUUAAUACAUUUUGGGAUUCUGUUAUUUUGAAUUAAACUAUGAUUGCAUUAAAAUUACCAGCUCCUGAAGGAAAAAAUGAACAGGAUCUUAAGGCCAGAAUCCAAACAAAUUAGAAGGAAGGGCCAAAAUGCCUAAGAUAAAAAACAGUUAUCUAAAUGGUAUAGUUACUUUCUGCGUUUAGCAUUUACUUGUUACAAAGUAAUCCAUUUUUAUGUGAUGUUAAACAUUGUGCAUAUUUAUUAAUGAGAAUAAUUAAAAUUAAGAGUUAUCUGUUUCAAAAGUUAUGACAGAUUAUUUAAACUCCCCACAAAGCUAUCUGUCAAAUGAGCAAACUUAGCGCCGAUUAAGUAUUGUCACAGUAUGUCUUAUAACAGUCAACAAAACUAUUUUGAAAAGUUAUCCAUUACAUAUUUUUCUUUUUUGUACUAUGCAAAAAGUGAAUGUUUAUACUGACCAGCUUCUGACAACCUGAUACCAUCUAGUUAUGUUAGGAUCUUCCCAAUACAGUUUCCCUCAGCCAGCUUACCAAAGAUAUUGGAAAGUAUACUACAACUCACCUGGAAGAUGCUAAGUUGUAGAAAGUCAACAAACAUCUCCUAACAAGAACGUGCUGCUUUCUGGAGCUCAAUCCAGUCUUACGUGAAGUAUGGCAGUGAGCUUCAGUGUAUUUGUGUACAUCCCUAUUAAUGCAGUCUAGAUUUCACCAACCAUGUCCAUUAAAAAUAUAAUUGAUAGAAAUGUGGGAGUAAAAUUGGCUGUCAUCUCCUUGGUCAGAAAUGAAGAAAAAGUCCAGGAUUCCAAAUGUGUAGCCUACUGGUGAGUUGACAUCUGUGCCAAUUGUAACUAGUAGACUACUAGUUAGAAUAGUAGAAUAGUCACAACAUUUUCAGAACUCUUGACUUCCCUUAACAAACUCUAUUUUUUUGCUCUCCACCAGUACUGUAUACAAUAGCAUCAAUUUUGUACAUAGUUUCAUCUGUAGUGACCUUUUAUGCUGCUCAUUAGCCACUUUGAAUAAAGUUAAUGGGAAAUUGUCUGGACAGCCAGUUUGUCUGGAAUAGAAUUAAGUAGAGUUGAGUAGAGCUGAGAUUCUGUGCCUGUCCAGAUAGUAGCAUUGAUCAGCGAGACCUUAUUUUCAGACCUCUUAACACUGGGGCAAGAUUUUUCACCAUAUGACGCAGCUUGUUACUCAGUUUCUGCAAAUCACAGAGAGAGCUUGCUGUUUUAAAUACUUAUAUACAUUUUUAAAUCUGAGUGCUUAUGAUUGACAACCUUUCAUCCCUAGGAACAAAUUUCAACAAAUAUUAACUGCUGUAGAGACUUGUACUUUCCUUGCUUUGUUCGACUUUUGGUUUUGAUUAUUUGCCAUCAAUUGGUGUCAACUCU